CCCUCUUGUCCCCUAGCCCUCUAGCCCUCUAGCCCUCUAAGUUAGCCCUGGCUCUUCUCCGUCCUUACUCCGAAUCUUCAUUAUUCCGACUCUUAUCGACCCAUUCGUAUUCUCUUGUGCCUUUCGUGCCUCUCUCCCUCUCUCUCCCACUCUCCCACUCUCCCACUCUCCCCCGUCGCUGGCGAUCGACAUCACUUGUCUCCCACUACAGCCUCGGUGACUCCCUCGCCUCACAGUCCUUUGCCCACCGACGAUCAUCUCCUGAAUUAGCCAACUUUGGGCACUCAUAUCUGCCUUUGAUCUCCAGGUACCACCGUGGGCUGCGUCGCUUCCCCACCACCGCCUCUGGGUCAAAUUCGACCUUGGCCGACUACAAACUCGACCCUCGUUCUCCAAAACACCUCGAAUUUCUUGCUGCAAACAGACCCUCUCGAUUUUAUCUUAGCUUCAGUCUCAGACCAACUUGCUGCCCAAACCUCGUCCUGCAUUCAAGCGCCAGAUGCGCCUUGACUUUUAAUUCUCUUCUUCUUCCUCUCCUUCUCUGUCAUCGACGGCGUCGCAUUCGAGCCCCGCGGGUUCUGAGUCGACGGCUUCACCGGCCUGGGCCUGUCUUUGACAACCUUCCUCAUCUUCUGGAACCCUGGAUCCAGCAUCUACACCGCACUCGAGCUUCCUUCCACCACUUACUUAAUAGGAUUUUUGGGCGGUUGUUUGUUCUACCUAGUUGUCUACCUGGUUGUUUGUCUCGACUUGGACUCGUCGCAAUCACCAUCACUCGACCCUAGCAGCGGCAUUCUCCCAUCGUCCUCUUGAAAUUCCAACCACCUGGGCCAUCCGAUUGGCACCCACUCAGCCUCUCAGUCCUGGUCAUAAUACUGCGUCCCAAGCAAUCCGCCAUCUCUGCGCCCACUCCGCCCUGCACCUCUCGCGCGACCACAUUUUUGAACCGACCGCAUUCAAUUCUUCACCUCCCUCUCCCGGUCCUGGCCACACGUGAGUUGGCGACCCAUCGACCUUCCACCGAACGUGUUGCGUCGCCAUUUGCCAUGACCGUGUUCUUUGCAAAGGCACCCUUCUCUCUGUACAGGUCAUGCUUGAUUCCCUCAUCGGCGCUUUGGGAAUAGAGACGGAAGUAUUGGCUUUGAUCUCGCGGUUUCGCUCCAUCUGGGUCCGGUAUGGAGAACAUCAGUGACGUGGAUGCAAAGCACGACCGGACCAACCAUUACGACCAUCCACCAUUUAAUCCUGUCCAUCAGCUGCCACCAACCGAGACCUCGACGUUACACCAGUAUCCUCCCCGCCCAGGUCCCACCAUGCCACCUCCAGCCCAGGCGUGGAACCCCGCCCCAUCGCCCUACGUUGAAUCUCCCGACCCUCGGGUUCAUCACCACGAUAUGGCGCAUCAGCAGCAUUAUCCUCCACCACCACCGCCGCCACCGCCGCCGCCGCAUCCUGCUUCACAGCCAUAUCAACCACCGCCAACCCGAGAGAGCCAGCCCUACCCUCCACCUCCCGAGCCCUACGGCAGACCAGGAAGUGUGUCAGGUCCUACUAGAUCUCCCGCUGAGUCCCAACAUCCUUCCUAUCAUUCUACUCCACAUGAACCUUCCUAUUAUCCUCCAACGCCGGGCGACUAUAGAGCGCGACAUUCGUAUCCUGGCCCUGACAGCCAGUCUAACGGGUCCCAUCAGCCCCCGCUGCACGUCGUCACCGGGCAUGAUAUGAUGCAGGCUCAAUCUCCCGCUCAGGCUCCUCCUUAUGGCCAUCCUCAUUCUGCCGGGCCGCAACCUCAGUCUUCAUACCCUUACUACGCCCAUCCGGAUUAUGCUGCUGGCCAGCGGAGGAAGCCUGUGAGAGCGACACAGGCUUGCGACUCGUGUCGACAACGCAAGGCCAAAUGCGACGAGGGAAGGCCCGUGUGCCAGCAUUGCAAAGACAACAACCUCAAGUGCUUCUAUCGUGAUAUUCCCCCUCAAAAGUCCGAGAAGCAAGCCCUCGCCAUCACUGCCCAGCUUGAAGCCAUCGCAGCGCAACUCGAAGCCAACAGCAACAACAUCAAGAUUUUGAUGGAUCUCCAAAAUGCCCAGGGCAAAAAGAUCGAGGAGCUUUGGCAAGAGAGACACAGGACCGUACAAGAUCCGUCUUAUGCGACCCACCAAUCAACUCCCAACGAGCAGAAGGAUAUCUUCCCUGCGGAAAAGCCCACGCUGAUGACCCAAUCAUCGCAGUCCAGCCUCCGUCGAGAAGGCACCUUGGACAUGCCACAACCCGGUCCCUCACAACAGCCUUCCUCCGAACAGCCGUCCCGCACAGGCCACGCCUCUGGUCGAGCCACACACCAUUCUAAUCAAGGCGCCCCUCUCACCACCAGCGCUCCCAAGGCCAGGAGUGCCGAGCCUGAAAUGUUUGAACUUUCCCUACCCGUUAAACAUACCACAGCGGCGCAAAAUCUGGUUCUCUGGCCAUCCAUCAGACGCUUGAUCCCGGCAGGAAUCACACCCUCGUACGUCAAGGAUUCGGAAAUUGAACGCGGCCUCCUCCGCCUGUACGGUUGUGGUGAAGGGGAUGACAAAGGUGAUGGCCGCGAAGCCGCCGCCAGUCCCGCCGGCAGUGCUUCCUCCGAAGGCCGACGACUGGACGACGAUAGUGCAGGAUCGCCUCAUGGAGUCUGGGGCAAUGGAUCUUUGUAUACACCAGCGGGGCUCAACCCAAGCUCGCACCACCCUGCCCGCGAGCAUCCGGGAGGCAUUAGUCCAUUGGGUGGCUUGAUGCUAGAAACAGAUGCCAUCGAUCGCUAUUUCCGAAGUUACAUGGACAACAUUCAUAUUCUACAUCCCUUUCUGGAAUCCAAGGUGCUGCGCGCCAUGAUUCACACCUUUAAGAAGACAUAUAGCUGGGAUUAUCGACCAACACAGACCAUCAUAGGCGCUGGGGUCAAGAGAAAGCGGGAGACGGACUCGCCAGGUGGACUAGAGGAGCAGAAUGGUACAACACAGCAGCUGCGGGGACAUGCGCGCCCUGGUCACCUCGCCAGUCCCCCGAUCGAGCACAGUAUUGGCAAUGCCAUUGUCUUGCUGGUAAUUGCUCUCGGAAAAGUCACCAGUCACCGUGAUCCCUUGCCUGGUGUGCCAUCAUCGAGCUUUCUCCGUACCUCAACGCCACACAGCGCCAUGUACUCGGACUUGCCCAUGGCUCCCACCUCAGCACCACCCUCGCCGUUCAACAACCAGAUCCACCUGAAUGGAGGUCAUCAAAUCCACAUCUCGAGCCCGGCAAACCCACAAGGCAAGAACAUCGACACCGUCCCGGGACUUGCGUACUUCACAAAGGCUGCAGACAUUAUCGGCGAGCAAACGGGCGGCACAGGCCUCGCCCACGUGCAGGCAAACCUGUUGGCCGGACUUUAUAUGGGACAGUUGGCUCGCAUCGUCCCGAGCUACCACUACAUUCACAACGCCUGCAUAGCGGUCCAGGUCCUCAUUGACUCUACAGAGUACGUCGAGGGCAACAUGAACAUGUCAACCCGCAACUUGAUCAACUUUGCGUUUUGGUCGUGUCUACAGCUCGAAAGCGACAUUGCGGCAGAAAUGGAUCUCCCACCUAGUGGCAUCACCCGAUACGAAAGUGCACAACACAAAGAAAUGCCGACCGAAUUCACGCUCGAGCGGGGCUUCAACAAGUCUGGCAAUGGUGACCUCCUCCGAUUCUAUUCGUAUCAGAUCCAGUUGCGAGUGACCAUCAACAGCAUCCACUCUACCCUUUAUCGGGUGUCCAAGAACCCGGAAACGAGGUCGAGUGACACGAUGAUGUCCAUCCUUGACGAGAAUCUCGAGAAUUGGCGGGACAUGUUGAAUGAUUGGAACUGGAGCGAUGAUGACCACGAGAGCCCCGAUAUCAACGUGGCCCGAAUCCGCGGCAAGUAUUAUGGAGCCAAAUACAUCAUCUGGCGGCCAGCCCUGCAUCAUGCACUUUUGCAGGUGGGCGAAGGCUCUGUCAAGGGUUCGCGAUCUGAGUCACCGAGCGACUAUGAGGUGUCGUUGGGAAAGACGGUGCCAUAUCUGAGUGAAGCGCAGCUCCGAGGGGCCAAGAUCUGCGUGAAUGCAGCCGUGCGCAGCACCACCUGCUUCGAUAAAGUGCCUCGGCGAUGGAUUGUGACCAACAUUUUUGGCACGGCGCACGCGCAAUUCGGCAAUAUGCUCGUCUUGUACGCGGCCUAUACGGCGCCACAUCCUGCAUUGAGCUCUUUGAUCGACCGGGACACGUUGUUGAGACUCCAUAAUCGCACUAUUAGCAUUUUGAAGGAGAACGAAGCGAUCUCGCCCAUCUUGGCCAAAGACCUCAAGAUCCUCGAACAUGUGCGAAAUCGAGUAUUUUCGUACAUGACUUCGAAUCCAUCAGCCAGUCAAUCAUCCAGUUUUUCGAGCCGAGUCUGAGAAAUCAUUGAACAAAGAGAAUAAGCCGCACAAGCUCAGGUCUGUGCGCACGAGACCAAGUCAUUUAACGGCCAUGUAGAAUUUGUGUCGGGAGAAGAGGGCAGCAUCCGGGGCGGUUGGGGUCAUUUUUUUUGUUUAUUUUCAGCAUUACUUCUCAGACAAGUACAUGGAGUUUACGAAGUUUCACGGCCGAUUGGGUGGUUUACAUUCUUGAUUUUGCCCAAAGCAGCGCCCACCACGCGAGGAUACCAUUUGUUUCGGUUACAGGACUCGAGGUGGGGAGAUGGACUUGCCUCGACGGUCCGCACCAGCGAUAGAGGCCCUGAUCGACGGCAGCUGGGAUGCGUCAUGUAUCACCAGAAGAAAAGGAGCGUGCAAUUCUAGAUCACGGCAGAGGUUGAGGAAUAGCCGAAGGAAAGUUGUCAGCCUGAGCAGAGUCGGGUGUGAGAGGGCGAUGAGGAGGUGGACAAGGGCGAUUGAAUAUGUGAGAUGGUUGGUCUCUGGAGACAUGGUUUGAUUAAUGGACAAAGUGUACAAUACCAACCGCAGCAAUGGCAAGUUUGUGAGAGAAGGACUACCUCUCUGUGUGCAAAUAGAAACCAGCCAAUAGUUGUCUAGUUUAUGAAAUGAUUGAUCAGUUGGC